AUGGUUUCGACUAAGCUCAUCUGCCUCGUUGCGGGUGCCGCGGUUCUGGCCGGUAUCAAUGGCCAGGUGGUCACCACUACCAUCGCUCUCACCACAAUCACCGUUACUGCCUUCACCACCGUGGGCUUCUCCGACUCCUUCUCUUCAACUGCGGAUUCAUAUACCACCACGAUCCCGAGCACGACACCACUGGGGGUCAUUCCCAUCACCGCUAGCACUACAACAACCAUCUUACUCCCCAGCCUGAACACAACCUCAUCCAGUGCCGCCGUCCAGCCCGCCUUCAUCAGCCCCAACAACAACGUUAUCGUCACUUCCGUCUCCACGGUUCCCACCCAUACGCUUGUCGUCCGCCUCUUCCAGCCGCUCGCGAACCAACACCACGAUGGGCGUCUCAAUCUCUAUCCGCGCCAGCACGCCGACGUUCUCGGUCACUGGUGGUCCCACGCUGGUCACAAGGUCGUCCGUAAACACAACGAGUCGCGCCAGCAGCCGUCCCACCUCUUCCUCAAGCCGUCCCCUGAGCGUCUCUCAGCAGACCCCCUCCAGGCCUCCCUCGAACACUACUGGCCCUCUCUCUGCCACCACUCGUCCCGUAUUCACGUCCCCGAUUGCCGUGGUGGUUGCUGGCGAGCCCGUUCUAAAACCGUUUAA